AUGUCCGAGACUUCGGCACCAGAACUGCAUGCCUUCGCCGAGAGACUACGACUCCUCCUUCCGCCACUCCUAUCGACACAGCGAUCGUCAUGGGAGCAAGGCAUUUGCGCUCAGGCACUGUUGGAAUGCCACCGCUUCCUCUCCGGAGCAGGUGUAGACCUGGGUCCUGGUGCGCUCGCCAUACCCUACGACUUCGUGCAAUGGAUAUACGGGCUUGCCCAUGACUCUCUAGUGCGCCAGGCUACGGAUGGACGGCUGUCGGUCCUUCUGAACGGGGACGGCGCAUCCGAUGCAGGAGCACUCGAUCCCGCAUGUAUGGGAGAAGCGCUAUACUAUCUGUGCUCUAUCGAAGCUCAAACCACGACGCUCUUCCCAAGCCCUCGCGGCGCUACCAGCAAGUGCCUCCUGGACGGCGUCGGGAAGAUGCUGGACUACGUUAUGCACAAAUGCCCUCGAGCUCCCAACUCUCUGCUCUCGCACCGCACCGAUGCUACUGAGAUAUGGUCGGACACUGUUUACAUGCUCCCCCCGUUCCUCGCCUCCGCCGCCGCGUUCUACACGCUCCCGCUCACACACCCGCUCUCUGCGGAGUGUCCGAAACCGGACACCGCCCGCGCGCUGCUCAAUAUGGCUCUGCAGCAGAUCAUUCUCGCCGCAGACGUGCUGCAGUCCCCUGCGGGGGAAUGGUCGCACAUCCACGACCUCGAGUCCCGCACGUUCAAACGCGUCGCGUUCUGGGGCGUCGGGAACGGUUGGGUCUGCUGCGGGAUCGUCCGCGUCCUCUCCACGCUUGUGUAUAACACGACCCUUAUGCACGCGCCACACGUCGAUCUUCGCGCGCUCGGUCUCAACCCCACAGGGGACGACGAGCUCGUUCCGCUCCUCCAGCGUGUCUACGACAUCCUCCUGCGCACGCUCCGCGCGUGUCUCCCAUACGCCCUCCCAUCUGGGCUGUUCCCGAACGUCCUCGGGGACCCCGACGCAUUCCCGGAGACGAACCUCGCGCAGAUGCUCGCGUACACGCUCUACAGGCUCGCCGACCUGCACGCGUACAGUUCGCGCUUCCGCAUGCUCGGGCUGCCGGGUCCGGAGCCUGGCGAGGGGGAGGAGUGGGUGCGACGCGCGGGCGUGCUGCGCGAGGCGGCGGUGGGCAUGACGGACCGCUGGGGGUUCGUGCGCGACGUGUGCGGGAGUCCGAAGUUCGACAGCCCGGGAACGGCGGCAGAGGGCCAGGCGUGGGGGGUGCUGAUGGAGGUCGCGCGAGCGCAAUACUUGUUGCACAAGCGUCUGGAAGAGCGGGUGCUAGCCAGGAGGGCCGUUUAG